AUGACAUUCAAUGUUCAAUUCUUUAAAACUAGUAAAACACCUAAACGAAUUGCUAAGUUUAUUCUUAAUCAUCAACCUGAUGUGGUUUGUCUUCAAGAAAAUAUUCAGUAUCAUGAUUGGACAAAGGCGAAAUUCGCACCGUUAAAUUUAAGUUCAGACUAUAUUCUUACAGCUGAAUGUGAGGCCGACAAACAUUCUCGUUCUUAUUUGUCAAAUAUUGUCUAUGUUCAUCGAAAACACUCGAAACAUGUUCAAACAUUACAUUCUGUUAAUCUUAUAAUACUCAAAGAAACACAACGAUGUGCUGCUGUUAUUCAGUUGUAUGAUACAAAAAUCUCCAAUGUACAUCUAUGUGGUGGACGAUACGAUGAUAAAAUCUAUGAACACUUGCAAGAACACAAACAUUUACAGUUAGAGCGACUUAUAAAGGCACACGACCCAGAUAUAAUCAUGGGUGAUUUUAAUAGUGAAGAUUCGGAUGAAGCAGCCAUGAAACAAUUAAACCACUAUCCUUUCUAUAAAACAUUGAAUGAAACCAACAAAGCUUUGUUUGUUCAUUAUUAUUUGAGUGGUGCACGUUAUUUGCAUGAUCAAACAAUAUAUGUUGCUGCCUAUAAUGAAUCAUCUAUUGGUGUGACUAGCACAUUUGGUGGCACACCCGAUUGGAUUUAUGUAAAAGAUCGAACACGUUUAACAGGCAAAAUAUACAACUAUGAUGCAAUAACUACAAAUUUAUCCGAUCAUAAUGCAGUGAUUGUCGAGUAUUUAUUUUCAAACUUGACAAUGACAUAA